UUCAUUCGGAGCUCUAAAGAAGAAAUCGACCAAUGGAAAUUGACCCAACUCCUGUUCCACCACCUCAGGAGUAUUGCGAUAAUCCUUCCGUGCCUUAUCAGUCAGAGUCAUCGAUGAACUUUGACUAUUUGCACGGCUUGCACGGAGACACGGCCAUGGACGCCAGCAAUAGCGGUUCAUCGUCUUCAGCCCAUGUAGAAUCACCACGCCAUUUUGCUGGAAUUGGCAACUCCUCCUCAAACAAUUAUGGUGGUGGCCAUGUCGACUACAGCAAAGCAAUUGACAGGUGGUUACUUUUCAAUUUUCGCAAGGAUGCUUUGGGUCUACAAGAAAAACGCGACUUCUUGCUCAUGUCUAUAGAUCUUUAA